CACUACUAUAUAACAAAUAAUUUGAGGAAGGCAGUAGGUGAGCUUGAGAUGUAAUUAUGAAGCUCGAAUCGGUGUCGUUACCUACGGACAAGCAGUACCUAUACUAUCUUAUUAUCAGUCAGCUCUACAGUGAUGGGCACAUGGAGGCAGCAAUGAAACUCGAGAUGAGUGUCCUUGACACUGCAGGUCACGUGAUACCAAGUAACAGACUGAGCAGUAUCCUGUCUGCCUGUCUGCUGAGUCUGAGUGAUGUGGCUGACUAUCUUAGCAAUAAACAGAGCAAUGCAAAGCCCCUCACGCCGCCCUCGCCACCCACGUCCCUGUCCAAUCUGAACAGUUUGACACGGAAACGCCUUCACUCAGGCCCUCCCUCCUUAUACCCCACCACAACAGAAUCAGCGCCUCCAGUUGCUCCAAUGGUACUGUUAAAUCAAUCCAACGGAGGAGACAACCACGUCAACACAACCACACAACAACCGGCACACGUCCUCGCUUUAGAAGAAGAGGAAUCAAUCCAAUCACAACUCUCAAAAGAACUGGAAGAGAUCUGCAAUGCUGCAGUGCAGGAAGUGACCUCUAAAGUUGCUGACAACAGCCCUAAACAAGGAGACAACGUUAAGAUUGAACCUGCAGAUGUUAAAGUAGAACCCUACGAUCAAGACGUCCUCUCUCCAGAACCAGUUCCUGGUACCCCACUCAGCAACAGUGCACUCAGUACCCCACUGAUAGGCAGUGCCGCGGAGACUACUCCUGCCUCUGCUGAUGAGGCUACACAGAACCUGAUCAACAACCUCUCCAAUAUCACCUCUAUCAGCGAGAUUAAUGAGAUUACGGAGUUGACGCAGUCUCUUGUUGAAAGUCUUGUUCAGGGUAACACAGUGUUCAACGACGACAUUUCAUCUGCAACAGGUGAAAACAACAACCUUUACAACGUCCCACCUGUAGCUUCUGUAACGAGUCCCACUAAAGAGGAAUUCAUUGACGGGAGUGACAAAAGCUCACCUCCCCGUCCGAACCCGUUAGACACCUCCUUCUCUCCCGCCCAACUUGUCCUCGCCAACAACACAGAAACAUUCCCCCAACUCAACGUCUACAAGCAGAACAACACCCUCCUCAACAUUAUGGGCUACAACUGUACCAACUCUCGGAACAAGCCCUUCCGGCGCCACCGCACGCGCUUUAACGACGAGCAAGUCGCGGCGAUGGAGCGCUACUACACAAAUAUCAGCCGGUACGCGCGGCCGGACAACGGGCUCCCCGAGCUCAUCAGAGAGACGGGGCUGACACACGACACGAUAAUGUUGUGGUUCCAGAACAAGCGCGCACGGGACAAAAGGAAAGGCUGGGACGAUACAGGAGGCGGGGGGUCGGCUGGUGACGGAAAACGGGCUAAAACGGAGUGAUUUUACAGAUAUCACGCUAAUUGUCUCACCGUGUGAUCACUUUUUAAUCACGUUGUGUGAUCAAACAUUGGAUAGCACGUUAUAUCACACGGUGUGAUGAGAAUUGUGUGUGGGUCGAGGUGCGUGUUUGUAUAAAUUAAGUGUGUCUGACGAGGCCGAGGGUUGUGAUUUUAUUGAGUUGAUAUCUCCGGAUAUCUCUAGUGGUAUCUCUAGUUAUAUCUCUAGUGAUAUCUCUAGGUAUCUCCGGAUAUCUCUAGUGAUAUCUCUAGGUAUCUCCGGAUAUCACUAGAUAUCUUUAGUGAUAUCUCUAGUGAUAUCUGAGGAUGUCUACAUUGUCCGGUGAUACCUCUGGGUAUCUCAAGUGAUAUCUCUAUGUCGCUACUGAUAUCUCAAGAUAUCUCUAGAUAUCUCAGGAUAUAUCUAGUGGUAUCUGGUGAUAUCUCAUGAUAUCACAGGAUAUGUCAAGUGAUUUAUCUAGAUAUGUCGAGUUAUAUCUCUAGUGAUAUCUAAGAAUGUCGCCAGUGAUAUCUCUAGAUAUCUCAGGAUAUCUCAGGAUAUCUCAGGAUAUCUCUAGUGGUAUCUGGUGAUGUCACUAUGAAUGGUUUCGUGUGAGUGUUGUGUGUUAUUAUGGGUUAUUAAAUUGCCCUUUUUCAUUUCAGAUUGGUUUGAUUUUUCCGUUUUAAUGUUUUCGCCUGUAUGGGUUUCACUAAUGUCGCCCUCAAGGCAAAGGGUUUCUUAUUACCCGGAUAAUUACUACGAAUUUUUCGGCUGUUUUAAAUUUUGUGCCUUUUUAUCUUGAUAACCUUUGACUUAACCUGCAUUUGAAUGUUUUAAAUGGGUAUCAAAUUACGAUAUCUGGAUGCCUCGAGUUGGGUUUAUAUGGAUGUAAAAUCCGUGAUGUACCAUCAUAACUAUCCCACCAUCAGAUUUAUGUAUGAUAAACUCGUCCAACUAUUAAUAUUACUAAAUAUACGAGUUUGUUAUGUUGAUGUUUCGUGUGCAUUUGAUAAUUUCAUUUUUUUCCGAAAAUGUACAAUGUACAUGUUAAAAUAUAUGAUCUAAUACCAUGCGUUUUAGAUGGAUUUUGGCCGAGUUGGUCUAAUUUGGCCGAGUUGGUCUAAUGAUAUGAGCCCUUUUUUUCACUGUAACCCAGAAAAUACAUAUUAAGGCAGAAAUGUAAGAGCUCUAAAUAUUUUGUUGUUUUCUAAAAAGGGCUAUAAAUAAUUGGAUACCUAUGAUAUCUAUUAUUUUACCACAUAAUAUUGCAUGCCUCAACUACUUACUUUAUUCAUUUUAUCAUUAAAAUAAGGUAUCUGCUGGAUAACUAUAGCCUUCUAAAAGUUUUGAAUGUAAAAUGUUCAAUAAGUUAAACAAUGAUAUGGUAUCGGUAUUGUCCAAGAAGUUCACACUAUCAAUGAAAAGAUAACAAAUGUCCAACUUCAUGGUUUGUGUUAUACUUAUUGGACACUGCUUUGGUGCUUGUUUAAAAUAGUAAGAUCGUACACAGAUAACCCAGUCUCUCAACAAAGAAAUAACAUAAUAUGUCUUGGCAUGCUAUUUCGCGAGGGCCUGCAAUCCUUAAAUAUUAACAUGAACAUUAGUCCCACAUUCCACAUCCCUACAGACGUUGUCACUUAAAACAUAUAAACUAUAUAGAUACGUGUAUUACUUUUACACGUCCUGUCGAUUCUGCUUCCGUUUUUAUACAACUUGCCAGCUAAUGUGAGUCUAAGAGUGUAAGAGCAUUGCUAUUUGUGUACGAACUUCACGGUAUUCAUCAUAUAUCUUUAUUGUGCAAUGAUAUGUGUAAUAAAUAUAUGCGAAUUGAUGUCAACUUCGUAUGUAUAUAUGUUAUUUUGGCAGCGCUAUGAUAUAUUGUAAUGAUGAUGAUUCGAGUGACAUCAAAUUCCUUAUUAUCGAAAGAAUCCAAAAGGCAAUUAUGUUCCUUUAGUUCACAGAUAUAUCUUAUCUUCUUCUGUUAUCUUAUAAAUAGACUUUGUGCAAACUUUCAGACCUUAAAUUCGAGUUAUUUUAUUUUUCGUGCUGUUUUUAAAAGCGUAAGGGGGAGGAGGGGUUGUGAAUAUUUAUUUAGUAAAUUAUUCUUAACAUUGCGAAAAAAUUCAAUUAUGUUAGGUUUAAACUAUAUUUUGUUAUACAAUAUAGAAACUGCUAAGAGAAUUACUGCACAGCAACGGACUUGAAUUAUUGUUUGGAGCAAAUUCGACUGAAUGGGGUCUAAAAUAUGCUUUCGUUAUAGACAUGCAUUGCGAUUAUUUUAAGCACAUAUUUGGGCGCUCGUGUAGGGUUAACUGCAUAUUUCGCAUUUUUGUGUUUGAGUAUUUUCUGAUACGCUUAGUGUAUAACUACCUUAAACUAGAAAGAAGAUACCAAGAUUCAGCCUCACCCGACAAUAUUCCCUAAAUCCCACAUCAAAUUUAAAACAUGUAUUGUCAAGCAGCCAGUGCUUUGCCCAACUGUCAGACCAAGAAUAAAACAUUCUCACACUAUCAAGUUAAUUCAAGAUUAAAUAAAAGCAAUUUGACCUUUCUCAUCAUAACCUAUCCAUUGAUUUGGCGCCAAUCGAAAUUAGCUGAACUAAGACAUGAAGUAAAUGUGCCGAAUGUGCACGUGAACCUGAUGUAAUGAAUACAUGUGGCACUACACGUGCUCCGAUCACCUGCUUCUUGUUUCCAUAAUUGCCCUAUUUAGAAAGCCCGUAAUUACCUUUCUCUCUCCUGGACUUGGUAUUUUCUGGUUAUCCUCCAUUUGGGAUGAUGACAAUGCUGUAUGUAUGUAAUAACUGAUAGAUCUUUUUAUCUUUUUUAAUGAAGAUUCUCUUUUCUUAUUCUAUUUUACCGUGUAUAAUUAAAAUGUACUAUAUUUGAAUUGAUUUAUUCGUUACUGCUUAUUCA